AUGGCCUGCUCAGCUACCGUCACCUCCCGGGCAAAGGCGCCGCGGGGCCGUAUAGCGGGGUCGUACCGGCACGAUGGCCCCCGAAUGCGCAGUGACACAGUGGUCCCCUCCCUACCUCCCCGGUCUCGCAGAGCGCGCGCCUGCAGUCCCCUGCAUCUGGCGCCCCUUCAGUGUCCAGUCCUGGAGGAGAGCCCGAGAUCUCCUUCGGACCGGCGGGACAGCAUCAUCUCACAGUGGCCUUGGGUGCUGCCGCAUCUAGUGGCUGCGGACAGGGCAGCUUGGCGCCCCUUCGAGGGCCUUGUCAUGGGUCCAGCGGCUCAGGCAGCCACUUAUUUUGACCCCACACCAAUCCUUUGGGCAGAGGCCCAGUCGCUGCUGGAUCCCUGGACCAAUCUGACCCUGAUCUGCCGGGCCAAGAUGAGCAUCGGCUUGAGUUUCCAGUUGUUCAAAGACGGUGUGCUUUUAGAGUCCGUGAACUCAAUAGCCCCGGAGUACCACUUUUCUGUGGAAGCAGUGACCGCUGAAACCCAAGGCCUCUACCGGUGCCGGACAAACACAGGGCAAGUGUGGACAGAGCUGAGCAACCUGGUGGAGCUGUCUGGCCCAGGCUCACUGGCCGCCCCCUCGCUCUCUGCUGGCCAGGUGUCCUGGGUCACUCCAGACUGGAACACGACCCUCGUGUGCCGAGCAUGGCUGCAGGGUGUUACCUUCCUCCUGACACGGGAAGGUGAGGAUGGGUUCCUGGAGGAGGUGGAGGCACCAAAGGACACAAAGGCCACCUUUUCCAUCCAGCGUGGAGGCAACUACAGCUGCAGCUACCGCACACAUGCCGCCGGCCAGCCUUCCCCGCCCAGCGCCGCCGUGAGCAUUGAAGGGCUUGAGGUGCCGCCCCCACCUAGCCUGAGCGGAAAGGACACAGGUGUCCAGCGGCCGGGCACGAGCCUGAGCCUGCUCUGCACCGCACCACUGAGUGGAGUGCAUUUCCAGCUACGGCGUGGAGAGGAGGUACUGGUGGUCACCAUGCAUACCUCCAGCCCAGACCGUGUCUACUUCGACAUGACCUCACUGACCCCAGCAGACAGCGGCAUCUACACCUGCCGUUAUCAGCUUCCAAUGCAUGUGACCUGGUCCCUGGACAGUGCACCCUUAGAGCUGCUGAUAAGUGAUGAGACACUGGCCGCGCCCGAGCUGCUGGCCGAGCCCAGCGGUCACCUCCGACCUGGUGCUCAUGUGAGUCUGCGGUGCCAGGCGCCCCGGGCCAACGUGCGCUUCGUCCUUGAGCGCCAGGGCGCAUGUGGGCACCAGGGGUUGGACCGCCAGAGUCCCGAGGGCUCAGUGGCCCAGUUCGACCUCCACAACAUGUCGGUGCUGGAUUCCGGCAACUACAGCUGCAUCUACGUGGACCUGACGGCGCCUUUCCCAGGCUCGGCGAGCAGUGAGCCCGUGGAGCUGCAUGUGGACGGUCCCCUUCCCAAGCCCCAGCUGCGACCUCUGUGGCAGGGGCCAGUAAGCCCUGGCCACAAUGCUGUCUUCCGCUGUGAGAGCUCGUUGUCCAGUGUCAUCUAUCAGCUGCUGCAUGACGGCGAGCCGGUGAACAGGGCAGUGAAGAGGGCCACCAGAGAGGAAGAAAUGGUGCUGACCUACGUGGGGCCCCAGGAUGCUGGCAAAUACAGCUGCCGUUACUACAUAAAGGGACUCGACUUCUGGUCAGAGCCCAGUGACUCUCUGGAGCUGCAGGUGGCAGGGGUUGGAGGUGGUAAAGGAAUUGCUGGCAGGGGGAACAGCAUGUGCAAAGGUCCUGGGGCAGACAGUGCUUGGUGA